AUGACACUGAUCAGCCGUCCCAGCGUCGCGGUAGCGAUCGCCAGCGGCAUUGUGGCCGCUCUUCCUGCGACAGCUGCCGUGGCCGUGCCCGCGCUUGCGUCUCUGCGGUCCGGACAGGACGGCAACGGUAGUGCUAUCGAGUGCGCCCCUCUUCCGUCGCCUUACCCGACUUGGGAGCAGCUCCCACGUCAGUCCUCGUUACCGGACCCCUUUUUGCCGCUGUGGUACACCACGCCGGAUAAUCCGGCCGAUGUGAUGGCCGGUAAAGGCGAGGGCCGCGUGCAGACGCCCGAGGAGUGGUAUCAGUGCCGGCAGCCUGAGAUUGUGCAGUUGUUGCAGGAGUACCAGUUUGGCUACUACCCGGACCCGGCCCAGGAAACCGUUGAGGCGACACGGAGCGGGAACACGCUGAGCAUCACCGUGACGGGGGCGGAGGGCAAGAAGGGCAGCUUCAAGGCGACGGUGACACUGCCAGCGGGGGCGUCCGCGUCCAACCCGGCGCCGGUGGUCAUCAACAUUGGCGGAAUGUCGAACCAGCCGUACCUGGCCGCGGGCAUUGCCAUUGCGCAAUUUGAUUACACGACCGUGUCUCCGGAUAGCAAUGCUAAGACAGGCGCGUUCUGGAGCAUCUAUGAAGGGCGAGACAUUGGGGUUCUGACGGCAUGGGCCUGGGGCUUCCACCGCACGCUGGACGCCAUCAACAUGACCGUCCCGGAGAUCGACGCGGGCCGAGUCGGCGUGACAGGGUGCUCGCGCUUGGGCAAAGCGGCGUUGGCCGCCGGCCUGUUCGACACACGCAUCACGCUCACGAUGCCCAUGUCCUCGGGCGUCCAGGGCCUGGGGCCGUAUCGGUACUACGACCUAAGUGGACAGGGCGAGAACCUGGAGAACAGCAAGGAGGGCGCCGGGUGGUGGACCGACAACGCGCUGGGGACGUUUGUGGGCCAUUCGGAGAAUCUGCCUUUUGACGCGCACACGAUUGCCGCAGCGAUCGCGCCCCGCGCGUUGGUGAUUGACCAGGGCACGGGGGACCAGUUCACCAACAGCAAAGGCACUGCCAUUGCCGUCUACCCAGCCGCCAAGGUGGUGUUUGACUGGCUGGGCGUUGGUAACCAGAUCGCCAUGAGUGUGCGUGGGGGCGGGCAUUGUGACAUGAGCGGAUUUACGUCUAUCUUGCCGUUUGUGCAAAAGAUCUUCUUUGGCACGCCGACGGAUAGAGAUUACAACGACCUCGGGUCGUAUGGCUCGCCAAUGGCCUCUGCAUUUCCGUGGGCAACCGCAGUUCCCAGCGCGUGA